AUGGGGCAGUUUGUAACCAUUGCGACCUGCAACUUGAACCAAUGGGCGCUUGAUUUCGAGGGAAAUCGCGAUAGAAUCAUUAGAAGCAUUGAGGAGGCCAAGAAGCGAAAUGCCUCAUUGAGAGUGGGUCCCGAGCUUGAGAUUACUGGUUAUGGGUGCCUCGAUCAUUUUGCCGAAAACGACUUGUUUGAUAAUUCAUGGGAUAUGUAUGCACAGAUUCUUGAACAUCCCUCGACAUCUGAUAUUCUCCUUGAUAUCGGAAUGCCAAUUAUUCACAAGUCCAUCAAGUAUAAUUGCCGAAUUAUCAGUUACAACAGGAAAAUCCUAUUGAUAAGGCCAAAACUUUUCCUUGCAAAUGAUGGAAACUAUAGGGAGAUGAGGUACUUCACCCCAUGGUUGCGUCCAAGAUACCAUGAAACGUACUACUUGCCAAAAUGUAUCCAGCGCGCUACGGGACAGCGAACUGUAGACAUUGGUGACUGUGUUAUUCAGACCAUAGACACCAAGAUUGGAGCAGAAACUUGUGAAGAGUUAUUCACCCCACAGUCUCCGCAUAUCUCCAUGGCUUUGGACGGUGUUGAGAUAAUCACUAAUUCCUCAGGCUCACAUCACGAGCUUCGUAAACUUGACACUAGGAUGCAACUCAUUGCGGAGGCAACAAAAAAAUGUGGAGGCGUUUAUAUCUAUUCCAAUCAAAAAGGAUGUGAUGGCGAUCGUUUAUAUUAUGAUGGCUGUGCAAGCAUUGUUGUUAAUGGUGCUAUGGUUGCACAGGGAAAUCAAUUUUCCCUAAACGAUGUUGAGGUUAUAGCAGCAACUAUUGAUUUAGACGAUGUUCGAUCAUAUCGUUCACAGAAAUCAGCUGCACUUCAAUCUGUGGCGCAAACGCAUUCUUAUCAUAAUAUCUAUGUCGAUUUCGAGCUCGCAAACCCCUCGAAUACAUUGAAUCACGACAUCGUAUCUGCAAAGCCAGUUGACAUUCACUAUUUUCUCCCCGAGGAGGAAAUCGCUCUCGGGCCAGCAUGUUGGUUGUGGGAUUAUUUGAGGAGAUCGAAAGCAGGUGGCUUUUUCUUGCCUCUUAGCGGAGGCAUCGAUUCUUGUGCAACUGCUGUGAUAGUCCACUCUAUGUGCCGCCAAGUGGUACAAGCUAUCAAAAAUGGUAAUCAAGAGGUUCUCAGUGAUAUUCGUGAACUUACAAAUGAUUGCAAAUUUAGUCCAACCUCGCCACAAGAGGUCGCAGGACGACUUUUUUAUACUUCAUUUAUGGGAACCACCAACUCCUCAAAUGAUACUCGUCAAAGAGCAAAGGACCUUGCGAUCGAUAUUGGCUCAAAUCAUGUCGACUUAAACAUGGAUGCAGUCAUUUCUUCGGUUGUUCGGCUUUUUGAAAUUGCCACUGGACGCCGCCCAGUGUUCAAAAUAUUUGGAGGGUCAAAUAUAGAGAAUCUUGCGUUGCAAAAUAUCCAGGCCCGUUUGAGAAUGGUACUCAGUUACCUUUUUGCUCAGUUGCUACCUUGGACUUAUCAACGUAAGGGCAGUUUGCUAGUUUUGGGAAGCGCCAAUGUUGAUGAAUGUUUACGAGGGUAUCUCACCAAAUACGAUUGCUCUAGUGCUGAUAUCAAUCCGAUCGGCGGGAUUUCUAAGACUGAUCUAAAAUCGUUUAUAAAAUGGGCGAGAGAUUGUUACGAGCUUCCGAUUUUGAAAGAUUUUUUGGACGCUACUCCUACCGCAGAGUUAGAGCCCAUCACGAAGGAUUACGUUCAGUCUGAUGAAGUCGACAUGGGUAUGACUUAUGCUGAGCUCUCUCGUUUUGGUAAGCUACGUAAGGUGGAUAAAUGUGGACCACAAUCGAUGUUCAUCAAACUAUAUCAUGAAUGGUCUCAGCCUCCUUUCAACUACUCCGCAGAAAUCGUUGCCGAAAAAGUGAAAAAGUUUUGGUUCUUUUACGCUAUUAACCGCCAUAAAAUGACUACAAUGACGCCAGCCUAUCACGCCGAACAAUAUUCGCCCGAUGACAAUCGUUUCGAUUUGAGACCAUUUUUAAUCAACCCGCGCUUUCCAUUAGCCAGUAAGAAAAUUGAUGAAAUGGUCCACAAAAUUGGUAAAACGGAUGGAGAAGCACAGUAG